CUUGGGACUUCGCGCCUGUUGGUGAGCCUUGAGGUUCUAAGCCUCCCGCCUUAAAAUCUGCAGACCGUGGCUUCCGUUUCUGUCCCUCCUGCGAUUCCCCUUUGCGUGCCUUAAAGCCCUGCCGUGUAGCCCCGUUUGUUGCCGAUUAUAAUUUAUAUAUAGAGGAGGAGCGAAUGCGAAUGGCGUCGUGCUUGAACAAAAAAUGGCGAAACUACUGCGUUCGAAAGACUUUGCUCUGGGUAUCACCCUGAUAAAAAGUGUCAAUAAAUCUGUCGUGAGUAAAGAGUAUCCUCAGUAAUAAUAGUUUUUCCAAUGUGUAGGACGGCGGGCUUGGAUUGGGGGACGGGAAAUGACUGUGUAUAACAUGACUGAUGGAUGAAAGAUGCGGUCGAUAAGUGCGCUAUUGAACUCUUUUUUGUUGGUGUUCCUGCUGGCAUGCGGGACACUGACACAUUAUCACGAUCGCCUUCGCGCUGCUGGUGAUCCGGGAGGCAUAUGGCGAGUAUUCUUCGACUUUCCCGAAAAUGUUCAGAGUACUAGGCGAAGCGUCAAUAUUUUCGGAAAGCAGGUGCACGAAGAGAACAUCAAGGAAGAUGUAGUUGAAAACGCGGCGUUAAUAGAAGAAGCAGACUCGUGGUUACGACCCAAAAGCAAAAGUGCAAGCGGAUCCACGAGCAGGAUUUCUGAGGAGCAAGAGGAACAAAUAGAAGUUCUGGCGGGAGAUGAUGAAAAUGAUAACGGAGCUCCGAAUAUUAAGGUACGAGCAGAACAACAAGAGAGUCCAGGGAAGAGGCGGCAUCUCCAUGAAGAGGCGUCCGAAGAAGAAGCCUUGCACGGAGAGGCUCGCGUGUGGACUGUCAUUUGCCUUUUUGGUUUGAUCAUUAUCAUGUCCAUCGCCUUCGAGGAGUUUCAGCACGUCCUGAUUCACCACUACAAGGUACUUGGGUUUCAUUAACUUGUGUAUCUAUAAAUUUGAUGAAUAUGUUUUUCCUUCCUGCUUGCGAGACGAUCAUCUGACACCAGUGACAGAGAAUGUAAGUAGAUGAAAGUAGUUUUGUCUCUCGGGUUUCCACUUUGGAUAUUUGUUACAAGAACAAGUUUGUUUAAGUUCAAGUUUCUUUUUUUAGCAACGAAACCUAUUUAGGAUGCACAGAAUAGAAAUAGAAUGAGGAUGAUGUAGCAGUGAUCUCUGCGAACAACUAUUUCAUCAGCACACUGGGCAGACGCAAAUGUUGAAGAUGAUCGACGCGACUUUCAAGGAGUUGACCAUUCUAGGCUUUGUCGGUCUGUCUUUGAUGUGCCUGGUGAAGAGUGGCGCGCUGAAAGCGGUCGCCGAAGCCGUUUUCGAGCGGGUACACGGGGACAAACACGCAAGCGAGCACGCGUCGAGGCGUCAUGUCUUGUCCCAUGUGCACGAGCACCAUGUGAUGGUGUUGAACCAUGAGGCCGGCGGGGUGACGGAGAAUGUUGUAGAAGGCGAUAGGCGACUGCUGCUGCAAGGGGAAAAAAGACGAGGAGCAGCACCGCGACGCGAGCUGCACAUGGAGGAGACGGACCCCAUCGCGACGGAACUGUUUGAGCUGUUUGAGCAAGUGCACAUGAUGAUUUUCUUCAUUAUGGUUGCGUUCAUUGGCCUGGUAGCUAGUCUGCUUAUUUUGAGCGGUCUGACAAGAGAAAAGUUCGCCCUUUGUCGCGAUCUGAAGGCCGAACAAGUUUCCACGCUAUCUCUCAAACAAAAACUUCUGGGCGGCCCUUUGCUAGUGCGGGUAAUGUACUUCAUAUAAUACGCGUUAGGUUUGCGCUUUAGCUGAGUAGAAGAGAAACGAAUAGUUUACAGUAACACACUUAUUACAACAAGAAGAAGCUUUGAAUAUUUGCGUUGCAAAGAUUGAUAGCUGCAGAUGUCUUUGCCUCAUUUAUUAUCAAUAUCAUGAUUACAUAUAGUACAUAAAAUAUGUUGAAUACAAAUGCAGGACGCGAUCGAGUUCCGCUUGAUUCAGCGGGAGUUCUUCCAUCCGUACGACGACAAGAUGCAGAAUCCUGACGCUCAGCCUGCCAUUUUUGACUUUGUGGGAUAUUUAGCAAUUGCAAUGGCAGAGUUUGUCGUUGAAUUAGUCGAGAUCCCUUCCGUCUCAUUUGCUACGCUCUUCAUCCUCCUGCUUGCAGCGAAGCCUGUCUUUCGCAUGGAUGCAGAGGGACAGCAAUUCUUUCUGCAAGCUCUAGCUUGUGGUAUUACGCUUGUUCUUCUAGCGAUUAUGAUGCGUCUGCGCGGGAUAUACUAUCACUUGCUUCCCAGCGACUACUCCCCAGGACCGUCGGAUGCCAUGACCGAGUAUCUUGGAAAAGAGCUGCUCAUCGGAAGGGGAAAGCUUAAGACAACAAGUUUUCGAUAUGAAUAUAACGUCCGAUUAGGAUUAGUAGAAGCGAGCCAUACAUAGGCAGAGGUAACCACAUCAAACUAGAUCAGGUCCCUGAACAAAGCGGUUGCUUCAUUCUUGAUCAACAAGUGGCACUAUCAAGGGCGCCUACUUUAACACACCGGCCUACCAAACAGCGAAGUACACACGCGGGUAUGGCGCCUGGCGCAAGUAUCUGUACGGCACGCUGGCGCCGAACAAGCAGGAGGCCCUCUUCUACGCGUGGCGACGCGGGCCGGCUUCGCUGAGUUUUGUAUUGCAAAUCGCGCUGUUUCUGCAAGCAAUCUAUGUCGCUGUUGUCGUCAGCUUUGGACAUCACACCUCUUCCGUCACUCACGCAAUUAUCCACUUCUUUCCCUUGCUCCUAUCCUUCGGCGUCCUCUGGCCGUCUAUUCUUUAUACCUACACGCUGGUGACCUCAACAGCUACGGCCACUUCUUAUCGGAUCGAUGCCGAUAUAUAUAAUUUGUUGUCAUUUUGAUUGCAUUAUUCCUUUUUGAAGCAGCUGCUGACUUGAUGCCCCACCCUCUUUAGACUUGAAACGAUAAAUGAUUGAGAUAGAGAUUGUUUGCUCUUCGCAGCACCACCUCUGUUUUUUUAUGAAGAUGUUGUUUGAAAUCACUCUAGUGUGGUCCCACAAGAACUGUAUGGGGCUAAAAAUUUCGUUCCUUUUCAUUUUGCGAAUGAUGCAGCGCGAGCAUAUUAUUGAAGAGGUAGCGCGUAAAGUCGAGGCAGAGCAUUUCAAGAAAUACAGUAUCCUGAUAUCCGAGCUCGAGGCCGCGGCGCUGGUUCACCAAGUCAUGUCAAUGGACGACUACUUCAAGACGCGGAAACCGGUAUGAACAAUAUUGAUAAAGGUUAGUGCGUACUAGGGUAGAUACGAGAAGAUUCUCCGAUUGGUUUUACUCCGGUAAUAUCGUAAUCUUCGCCAUGAUGCUACGACCUAAAUGAACCUGUGACGGAGAACCAGAUGCAUCUUCGCUUCGGCUAUGAUUUCAGGUAAAAGACGGAGUAUACGAGAAAUGGUUGAAGACGAAGCUGGAGCAAUUUCAUCUGACGAUGCCGCGAGACCAGCAAUCAGCUAUUGAAGACGCCUUCAAGACGUGGGAUCGCGAUGGAAGUGGGAGCUUCGAUCAAGACGAGCUGUCGGGAUUACUGGCACACCAAGGACGCUCAGAAACGCAGAUUCAGUUACGAUGCAACGGUCCUACUUGAUACAACAAAGAGGAGUAAUGACAAUGAAUAUCCACUGGAUUGCUUUUUCGAAGAAGUAUUUCAACACUCAUGCAAAGCUACUCUUUCUUCUGCAUCAUCUUCAAGUAGUAUGAGUAUCCCAUCGACGGCGGUCUCGCGAUACUGGUCUACUGGGAGACUGACUGUGGCCAUACUGCUAGCACAAGUAGGCUGGAUGGAUGCGCAAGGUGGGACUGAGAGCUAGCCAUCUUUCCCAGAAAGCAUCGCACUUCCCCUAACUCGUUCCGUGCUCCGGCAGUGGUUGAAGAGUGGCGUUUUCCGGCCUCGAUAUUAUGCAUCAAAGCAGAGUGGUACUGCGGGCGCGCAGGCGGUAGUGGAACUCGAUGUUAAAGAGGAAGGCACAAUGUACGUUGAUGAGUUCAAGGUUUACACAAUGCUGGAAGCGGAACUCACUGGAGGAGAUUUCGACGAAGACAGGCUGUCCGACUGGCUGUCUGGUGUGCUCGAUAAAAACGGUGACGGGCAAGUCUCCACAACCGAGUUCUUAGAUUAUGACAGGAAACGAUUACAUUUACAGUAGACAAUUUGUGCAGAGGUUUCAUCGACUUAUCCGCAAGUGCAAAGUCUUAAUGCUUGUGUGUCGGUGCAGAGCUAAUCCAGAAUGAUAUUCUUGUUGGAGACAGCACCUUGACCUUCAAUUCGUUUCGAUAUCCACCGUGACCAUAAGCAAUAAAUAUGAAAAAGCAGCAGCUUUUUUCGUCUAAGUAAAGUCUUUGCCGGAGGUAUGUGAGGCAGCGAAGAUGGAUAUUCGCGGAGUGCAUACGAUGUUUAAAAUCGUUGAAGCAGCUGAGGACGAAACGCAGGAAGUAGACGAAAUCAGCAUUUCCAAGAUCGUCAUCUGGCUUCGCAAGUACGCCAUCCAUUACGGCCCUUACUGAUAGUUAGUUAAUUUUUCUUUUUCUACUACUAAAGCUAAAGGCUGGAGAGAAUCAAGCAAUUCGAAAGAAGUAGAAAAUUACUCCUAGUAGAGAAUGCCUUGAGAAUAUUCCAGCCUUCGAUCGUUUUUAGGAGCCUGCAGACGAUCGAGCCGUCUCCAGCGAGCUACUUCCGAAUCUUCAUCCUCGUGUCAAUUUUUUUAGCCCCUAGCUAGGUAUAUAUUGGUAUUAAGAUCUCCUCUAACCACCGAAACGAAAUGAAGCCCAGGGAAAGAAGCGUGGCUUCGUAGUAGAUGCUGGAGAUUCGAGUCGUCGCACUGAGGACGAGGGCGACACGCAUCGGUCUGGCAUAUCCAGGACCUCGAAGGCGUCCGCGAAGGCGAAGGCUGGCACGACUAAGACGAGUGUCUAGCUAAUUGCGGUGAGGAUUUCCGGUCGUGGUAGUUGUUGUUGAGGUGGCGCGAAAUCAGCUGCAGUAGCUCGCCGUUUUUGGAUGGAAAAAACCGAACAAAAGUUCCAGUUUCACCUAUAGACUAUCUUAGACUUCGAUCGAUUUUCCCUCAUGACUCAAUAUCAGCAGUGGUUGCCUAUUAGCGCAAACAAUCUUCAAAUCCGCUUGAAAAAAAACGAAACUCGUGCGCUCGUGUAGAUAUUUAUCCAUUCUAAAAUAUCAAUACUUUUCAACAGUAUUGAGUACUAGACUUUAGGGCCAGACAGCUCUUCGUCCACUAGAGUCCUCUACCUCCUUUGAGCGCUUCCUCCUUCAAUGCGCGCCUCCUCCGUUCCUCUUCAGCCUGAUCAUGAUGCUCACCUGGCGGAGUUGAUCCGCGGGAGAGGAGUCGGAGCAGAGGCGCCGCGGCAUUUAGAAGACCAAAGCGAACAAUCAAGCUGCGCGGAAUAAAUUAGAAUUGGGAUAAAAUCCAAAUUUUCGUAUUUGAAAUGUUGAGUUUGAAAUAUCGAAUUUGAAACUUUGAAUUUGAAACUUUGAAUUUGAAACUUUGAAUUUGAAACUUUGAGUUUGAAACUGUGAAUUUGAAACUUUGAAUUUGAAGCUUUGAAUUUGAAACUUUGAAUUUAGCAUAACACACACAGAGCACAAAGAAAUCCGGCGGGAUCGUACGCGUCGCCCGGAGCGCAUCAAAACAAACAAAGAAACUUUGAAUUUGAAACUUCGCGUUUGAAGUUACGAAUUUGAAACUUUGAGCUUGGAGCUUCGAGCUUGAAAUUACGAAUUUGAAGCCUCGAGUUUGAAACUUCGAGUUCGAAAUUUAGAAUUUGAAACUUUGAACUUGAGCCACCGAGUUUGAAAUCCAAAACUUUUUAUUUUAACGCCUAGAAUUUAAAGUAAAUCGCAUUUCUGCAAUAGUGUGCCCCUUUGUUGUAGUGUUUGUUGGUUCGUUGGCUUAUUAAAAUAGAGAGCGUAAAAAUUUGCUACGGAGGGCGCGGGCGUUUGGUUCAGGUGUUUUUGGUUCAGGUGUUUUUGGUUCUGGUGUCUUUGAUUCUGGUGUCUUUGGUUCUGGUGCCUUUGGUCCUGGUGUUUUUGGCUCAAGUGCUUUGGGUCCAGGUGUUUUUUGGUUCAAGUCUUUUUGGUUUGGAGGUUUGGGCGGAAAUUGUUUUUGUUGGAAUUUUAUUUAGCUCAUUAAUGUUCUUACUCGUUGCUCGGGGUCGGAGGACGCGCAGAGACUAGGAAAUAGACAGGAAUUUACGAUGCAUGGUAGACGAGGGCAUCUGGUGAAGCGGCCGGGCUAUACCACUGUAUGUUUUCGAGUAAUUAUGAUUUCAAAGAACUUCAGCAACUACAACUUCUCUACUUUGGUUGAUGCAUUUGAUUAGGGGCCUCAAGUUAUGAAUGAUGUUAGGAUAAGAAAGAUAGAAGAUGAAAAGUGCUAUCCUACUUUUUACUUUUGUACGUAGAGGGGAGAAGCAACAAGCUUGUCCAGGCACACGCUCACUUUCAGCCACUUCAAGAGCGGACCAGUUCCUGCAUUUCCACUUGCCUAGUGUCGCAAGAUUGAACCGAGAUUUUUCUGAUUUUCGCAUUUACUGUCCUCUUGCCUCAUUUUAUGAGUAAGUAGUUUGUAAAGGAGCGAUGUAUGAAGAUAGAGUCCCUUAGCAAUACUUAUCAAGCGGUAAUUGAGUAAGGGUUUUUUGUCACCUAACCACAUAUAAUACCUAAUAUGGUGUAUCUCGCGCUUUCAGUGGCCAUUCUGGAAUAGAUCACAUGGGUCCUUUUUCUGUGUGUUGAUGAUAAAGAUAAACUUCAAAACGGGCUUCGGUAGCUAGGUCGAAAGAUCAUUUCGUCAGAUCUGAAAAAUGCAUUUCGAUUGGCUGGACGCAAUUUCGUCGAAAAGAUUCCAGUCCAGAUCAUACAGGUCAAGAAGAAAGAGUUCAGGUUCACAACGGAUCCUUAUAAUAAAGACUCUCGAAAAAUUUUUGUGACUAUGAAUUUCAUAUUUGAUAUAUGAAAAGACGAUCAAGGCCUAUUCAAAGGAACCAACAACACAACUUCAUCAAGACGAUGGCUCGUUUUAAC